AUGUAUGCCCGUGCAGCCAAGCCUAAGCUGUCUCUCAGCAUCUCUGCUGCGACAAAUCCUUCUCGUCCGACUCUGUCUCUGCGAUCACCGGGACCCAUGCCCCGGACACCCGUCUCCCCAUCACCUCUGAGCCCAGCUUAUACACGCGAGUUUGGUCAUCAGGUCUCUCAGAUGUACUCAUACACAAACUCGAGCUCAGCUAAGAGUAUCCUCAAGAAGGGCACCAACUCCUCGUCUUCAGCACGCUCGAGUGGCAAGGCAAUCCAUUUUCAAAACACGCCUACUGUGUAUUGUGUCACUCCUAUUGAGAAUAAAGACGAGUACUACGGUCACCAUGUGAAGAUGUCGCGCGACGAUCGACGAUGGGGGACCAGUUCCUGA